AGUAAUAAUCAUAUUUGUGAUUAAACUACUGUGUUGUAACGUUUGUUUGUUGAGUCAUAAGAUUCAAAAGUAAAUAGAAGCGUUUCAAGACGACCACCAAUGCGGUUACCGUAGAAUAAUCAGAAGAACAGUUUGGACGUAAUUGGAACUAAAGAAGAAAGCCGACUGGUUGCUAAUGACAACGGGGCUUUGUUCCUACGUCACUACCGGCAAGAAGGCUCAGGCCAGGAAGAGCUCAUCUCGCUGAAUGAAGCUGACAGAGAACUUCAUCGAGACCGAUUUUAGCCCAAAUCUGAGCUCUUCUGUUCCGAAUCACAUGCUAGCAUCACAUGCUAACUUGCUGUGCCAGUCAUCCCGUGUGUGCGUACGUGCGUGUGUGUAUGUGAGGAGCCGCUUUGAGCCAUGUCCGUGUCAGUCAUCAUCAAGUGGGGAGGACAAGAGUACUCCAUCACGUCCCUCUCGGAGGAGGACACGGUCAUGGACCUCAAACAGUCCAUCAAGACUCUGACAGGGGUGCUCCCAGAGAGACAGAAGCUGCUGGGGUUGAAGGUCAAAGGAAAGCCAGCAGAGGACCAGGUGAAGCUGGGCUCUCUCAAGCUGAAGCCCAACACCAAGAUCAUGAUGAUGGGCACCAGAGAGGAGGGCCUGGAGGAGGUUUUAGCCCCACCCCCAGAGAAUGACGAUGUGAUCAAUGAUUUUGACAUUGAGGAGGAGGUCAUCGAAGUGGAGAACAGAGAGGAAAAUUUGGCUAAAAUUGCACGCAGAGUCAAAGACUACAAAGUGGAGGAGAUGAACCCUCCCAGAGAAGGCAAAAGACUUCUGGUUCUGGAUGUGGACUAUACCUUGUUUGAUCACAAGUCGUGUGCAGAGACAGGCCAGGAGCUGAUGAGGCCAUUCCUUCACGAGUUUCUGACAUCAGCCUACGAGGACUAUGAUAUUGUGAUCUGGUCUGCCACCAGCAUGAAGUGGAUUGAUGCCAAGAUGAAGGAGUUGGGAGUGACUGACAACCCAAACUACAAGAUCACUUUCAUGCUGGACAGUGCGGCCAUGAUCACAGUUCAUACGCCAAAGAGAGGAGUUGUGGAGGUGAAGCCUCUAGGGGUAAUCUGGGGGAAGUACGAGGACUUUUACAGCAGGAAAAACACCAUCAUGUUUGACGACAUUGGACGCAACUUCCUCAUGAAUCCACAGAACGGACUCAAGAUCCGACCCUUCAUGAAGGCGCACAUGAACCGGGAGAAGGACCGGGAGCUGCAGAAGCUGGCCCAGUACCUGAAGGAGAUCUCUAAACUGGAGGACUUCACCGGACUCAACCACAAACACUGGGAGAGAUAUCUAUCCAAGAGGCAGCAACACUGAUGAGUGGCACCUCCCAUCCCGGCCCAUUUGUCACACACACACAAAUACACAAAGUACACAACACAACAUCUUCACACACAUCCUGCAGCCAGGCUCCGCCCACCCCACACUGACACCAGUCUGUGCAUGUGUGUGUGCGCAAACAUUGUUUACAUGGACUGCAGCACGUGUCUACACAAAUACACACAACAUGCUGGUGCUGCACACAGAUGCAUGAACGCAGUAAACAACACGAGGCUUUUAAGCGCUGGAAAGUCCUAAACUGUUUUAAGACUUUCAUUCAUUGUUUUCUGCAUGUUGUCAUAAAACAGGUGGAGGAAGUUGAAAGGGCCGUGCGUACAUGCAUGUGUGCAGCAUGUCAGCUGUGUCUUCUGGGCAUUUCCACAACAUAAGAUGCAUAUAGUUUGAGUGGAUGGGUUUGGGUCGGGAGGAGGGUGACCUUGUGUUUGUAUGUGUGUGUUUGGAGGACACACUCUGGCUGUAAAUAUGACAAUAAAACUUU